AAUAAUGAAUUAAAAUUAAUCAUAAUUUAUGCUACUCUGUAGAACAGCCACUGAGUUUAUACCAGGCAUUCCCAGGCCAUCAACUAGUACUUUCCUAUCAUCUAUAUAUAUACUUACUCUUUAUAGUCAGGCUAGACUCAUCAAUUCAUAUAUUGAGGUAUGUAUUUAAUGUACUGAUGAACAGAAUCACAGUGGUGCUAUCCUGUAGAUCAAGCUAGAGCUCUUGGGCCUCUACUUUAAGCAGCAGCUAGUGAUCUGAUCAUUUUCCUUGAACGAUAUAUCUGAAUUACAGCAAAAUUGUAGAUAUUGUUUAAAAUACAGUACACAUAUUAUAGUCAAUGUAUAUGAUGGAUAGAGCUAACGAAAGACCUGAUGUUAUGUCAUUGUUAAGAGAAAGAUUACCAAGCUACAUAGUUUACAGCUUUGCUGAAAGUGGAUUUGAUGAUAUUGAUGCCAUUCUUGAAAUGGACAUUUCAGACUCUCCUAAUAACUCUAUACACGGUAUCCAAGAGUACAUUGAGAGCCAGAAAGAUGACUUGCCCAACUGUAUAAGACCAAAUUCAAAUACAUGUAAAUUUUUACCUGGACAUUACUUGCGUGUCAAACGAUUAGUUCGAGAAAUACAGGACGAAUAUGGCGAAAAACCAGUUCCUAAGAAACAAAAAUUGUCAAAUAGUACCUCGAAUAGUACAGCCGAACCACCUUUAAAUAACCCAAUCACAGACAUUAUUACUGAAAUCAAUGCCAGAGUAACACAAUGGUCGAGGAAUUUUGAUAAUGGUCGUUUCAAUGACAUCAAAGAAAACGAUCACUACUACAUCAAUGUCUCACGAAGUUUGUCAGAUAGUAGUCAAUUCACAGUAACCCUAAGGUGCAAGUGCAAUGCCACUUACACUGUACAAAGGAAAAAAACUGGUUCCAAGCCUUGGGUUAUUUCUAACUGGUGUACCCAUUUUCAACAAUGUGAAGAUAAGAGACGAUCUAGAGAGCAGCAAGCAAAACAAAACAAUCUCUCCAGCUAUUUCUCUUCAUCAAAACCAAUGUCAAUUGAAACAACACCUAUAUGCCAAUCAUCCCUAUCACUUUCACCUGAGCCUUCAUCACCUCUAGCAUUAUCUCCAACAGCUUCCCCACUAUCAACAUCAUCUGCUGGAAAGUUACAUAUUUCUUCACACUUGGACACUCAAUCCACCUGUAUUGCAACCACAACAGUGACAACAACACCAUCAGUAGCAACCAGUACCUCUCAUCAUGAAAACCAGGGUUUUUCAAAAAGCCCCUCCUUCAAAAUGAGAGGAGGGGCUACAUCUCAUGGAUCUGAAAGUCCACACAUUACACUACCUUCAGCAACACCUACAUUAACUGAAACAACACAUACAUGUCAAUCACCCCUAUCACAACCAUCACCUCCAUUAUCAAUUACACCUCUAUUAUCUCCUGCAACCUUACCUAGCUCUGGACAGGUAACUCAGUACUCCAUCAAUACAACAUCAUUAUCAGCAGCUGGCACUCAUGAUGCCAAUCAGGGUAUUCAAGAAGCUCCUCUGGCUAAUUCUCGUACUGGAACUGAUUGGUCCAGAUCUGCUCGACUGAAACGGAAAUUAAUAGAAGCUGCUGAUAAACCAGACCAGAUGCAUAUAACCUCUUACUUUGCUGUUGCUGACAAAAUUUCUCUACUUUGUAAAGAGAAUCAAAAAUUGUCUCUCUUGCUUCAACAAGGUCAAAAAGCAGAAACUAAUGACAUUGAUGCUGCUGCUCCCAUUCUUCAGAGUUUACUAGAGAGUGCAAAAAGGAAUAGCAAUAAG